AAGAGAAAGCAAAGAGCGAAAAGGACUGGGAGGAUGUGGUGCCGUUCUCACUUGGAACAAAACGAGGCAAAGUAUGGGAAGGCGACAGCGGCCGCGAAUCUGCUGAAGAUGGCACCACGUCAGAGGAACAUCCAGCGUCAAGAGUUGCUCGAAUGGAGAUGCCGAUUGAACUCGAUUUGGACGAUGACGAUGAUCUUGAUGAGGCAUUGGAUGGUGCACCUGAACGAGAUCUCGUUGAUCUGGCCGGAAUUCUCGGUAUGCACAAUAUUCUGAACCAACCGCAGUACUAUAAUGCCUUGAAAGGAAAGCAACAGGACGACAGUACGGGAACAACGUUUGCGGGUAUCAUUCGGGCAUAUGAGCCAAAAGAAACUCCAGAUGAACCCGAAAAUGACACCAACGUGGAUGAAUGUAUUAAACGGCUAGAAGAGGACGACGAGGACAUGAAGGAAGUCAAUGUCAACAAUAUGAAACGGAUUUCAAAGCGAUGCCACUUACAGGAACAAAUCACAAAAUUAAUUUCUGCCGCCUGCGAGAGCAAUCACAUCACCAAAUUGAGUAUGGCAAACACAGCCAUGUCGGACAAUGAAGCGAGGGGAUUGAUCAAACUUCCUCGAGACGUCUACUUCUCUGAAGGUGUUAAACGUUGA